GUUGGCUGUCCAACGAUAGCUGCGCCAACAUCCCAGGCAGCGCCGCUGAAGUGUCGUAUGGGCUCUAGACUGUGUAAGGAUGGGAGAGAGUGUGUCCUGCACAGCCAUGUUUGUGAUGGAGAGGUGGACUGUACGGAUGGAUCAGAUGAACAGGACUGUGAGCUGCUCUGCAAAGCAGGUCAGAAGCUCACCUCUUGAUCUGGUUUAAUGUGUUUAAUCAUAAGUAGCCCGUUCCAGUACAAAUCCAUCCCUUUAUGUCAACGUCCUAAGUUCAGUGCCAGUGAUCUCAUUGGUUCCUUCCUCUCAGGUCAGUUCCAGUGUGCUCAUGGGAAAAAGUGUAUCGACCAGCAGCAGGUGUGUGAUGGGAAGGCCCAGUGUCAGGACCGCUCUGAUGAAAUGGACUGCUUCAAGCCCACCAAGAGCUGCAGCCAUCGCUGUGACAACAAGAGCCGCUGUAUCCCAGAAACCUUCCUCUGUGACGGAGAGGGAGACUGUGUGGACGGCUCUGAUGAGGAAGGCUGUGGUAUGAGCCUCAUCUCUAAAAACACAUUUCCAUUGUAACGACUUUACACGUUGUUCAGAACCCAUUUCCAUUGUAACGACUUUCCACGUUGUUCAGAACCCAUUUCCAUUGUAACGACUUUCCACGUUGUUCAGAACCCAUUUCCAUUGUAACGACUUUCCACGUUGUUCAGAACCCAUUUCCAUUGUAACGACUUUCCACGUUGUUCAGAACCCAUUUCCAUUGUAACGACUUUCCACGUUGUUCAGAACCCAUUUCCGUGGUAACGUGUUUCCAAGUUGUUCACAAUCCAUUUCCAUUGUAACGCGAUUCCACGUUCACAACCCAUUUCCAUUGUAACAUGUUUCUACUUUGUUCUUUGCCACCAUCACGCUCCUGUUUCCGCCGUCUCCUCUCUCACCUCCCAGUGGCAAAGCUGUGUGGUCAGCAGCAGUAUCGGUGCAGUAGUGGUCAGUGUGUGUCUGAGGGUCUCCGUUGUGACGGCCAUGCUGACUGUAGAGACCAUUCUGAUGAGGCGGGCUGUGCCAAACCCCCCCACUGUCCCCCGGAGCGCCGCUGCACAAACAGCCAUGAAUGUCUGGUGAAGGAGUGGCUGUGUGAUGGGGAAGAGGACUGCCAGGACGGUUCAGAUGAGAGGGUGAGGAACCCAUCUAACAUUAACCUUCACUUUAAAAGGACUGUGCAAACCUACUUCCCCUCAGCCAGAUGAACUCAUGGAUACUCUUUUUGGCUCUGCGACCAGUAUUAAGGAAGGUAGUUUCGCAAACUAGUAUGCUAGGUUAAUCGCGCACUAUCCUGUUUACCUUAACUCUAAAUUCUUGGUCAACUACAGUACUUCUCUUCCUAAAGCAAGAGUUGAAAUAACAUGCUUGAAACGUUUUCCAUUGGUCUGUAUAUUUAGCCUUUUAAAUUGGUGUUGUGGUUUCAGAACUGUAAGGUGUCUCCAGUGAGGUGUGGGGAGUCCCAGUGGAGCUGUGUCUCUAGGAGUCAGUGUAUCCCUGCGACCUGGAGGUGUGAUGGACAGAAGGACUGUGAGGACCACAGUGACGAGGCCGGAUGUGAGCUUACACAAAUAAAGGGUUAUGGUUACAUUUGUAGGUGGCCAGGUGACGUGCUCCAACCAGCUGUGGUAGUGGAGAGUGUGUGGACCAGUCUGUUGUUGUACUGCAGGUGGCCAGGUUAAGUGCUCCAACCAGCUGUACCAGUGUGGUAGUGGAGAGUGUGUGGACCAUUCUGUGCUGUGUGACCACAUCAUCAACUGUCCUGAUGGAUCUGAUGAGGGGCAUGGCUGUUUCAUCAAGAACUGCUCCAGCCCUGGGACCCCCCAAUGUGACCAGCACUGUGUCAGCACCCCUUAUGGACCGGUUAGUACAUUACAUUUACAUUUACAUUUACGUCAUUUAGCAGACGCUCUUAUCCAGAGCGACUUACAAAUUGGUGCAUUCACCUUAUAGCCAGUGGGAUAACCACUUCACAAUAUGUUUUUUUUUCUUUCUUUGGGGUGGGGUAAGGGGGGGUUGAAGGAUUACUUUAUCCUAUCCCAGGUAUUCCUUAAAGAGGUGGGGUUUCAAGUGUCUCCGGAAGGUGGUGAGUGACUCCGCUGUCCUGGCGUCGUGAGGGAGCUUGUUCCACCAUUGGGGUGGCAGAGCAUCGAACAGUUUUGACUGGGCUGAGCGGGAACUGUGCUUCCGCAGAGGUAGGGGGGCCAGCAGGCCAGAGGUGGAUGAACGCAAUGCCCUCGUUUGGGUGUAGGGACUGAUCAGAGCCUGAAGGUACGGAGGUGCCGUUCCCCUCACAGCUCCGUAGGCAAGCACCAUGGUCUUGUAGCAGAUGCGAGCUUCAACUGGAAGCCAGUGGAGUGUGCGGAGGAGCGGGGUGACGUGAGAGAACUUGGGAAGGUUGAACACCAGACGGGCUGUGGCAUUCUGGAUGAGCUGUAGGGGUUUAAUGGCACAGGCAGGGAGCCCAGCCAACAGCGAGUUGCAGUAAUUGCAUUUACAUUUUAGAUUUUAGUCAUUUAGCAGACGCUCUUAUCCAGAGCGACUUACAGUUAGUGCAUACAUUAAAAAAAAAAUCAUACCCCCGUGGGAAUCGAACCCACAACCCUGGCGUUGCCAACACCAUGCUCUAUCAACUGAGCUACAUCCCUGCCGGCCAUUCCCUCCCCUACCCUGGACGACGCUGGGCCAAUUGCGCGCCGCCCCAUGGUUCUCCCGGUCGCGGCCAGCUACGACAGAGCCUGGAUUCGAACCAGGAUCUCUAGUGGCACAGCUAGCACUGCAAUGCAGUGCCUUAGACCACUGCGCCACCCGUAAUCCAGACGGGAGAUGACAAGUGCCUGGAUUAGGACCUGUGCCGCUUCCUGUGUAAGGCAGGGUCGUACACUCCGAAUGUUGUAGAGCAUGAACCUGCAGGAUCGGGUCACCGCCUUGAUGUUAGCGGAGAACGACAGGGUGUUGUCCAGGGUCACGCCAAGGCUCUUCGCACUCUGGGAGGAGGACACAACGGAGUUGUCAACCGUGAUGGCGAGAUCAUGGAAUGGGCAGUCCUUCCCCGGGAGGAAGAGCAGCUCCGUCUUGCCAAGGUUCAGCUUGAGGUGGUGAUCCGUCAUCCAUACUGAUAUGUCUGCCAGACAUGCAGAGAUGCGAUUCGCCACCUGGUUAUCAGAAGGGGGAAAGGAGAAGAUUAGUUGUGUAUCGUCAGCGUAGCAAUGAUAGGAGAGGCCAUGUGAGGAUAUGACAGAGCCAAGUGACUUGGUGUAUAGGGAGAAUAGGAGAGGGCCUAUAACUGAGCCCUGGGGGACACCAGUGGUGAGAGCACGUGGUGCGGAGACAGCUUCUCGCCACGCCACUUGGUAGGAGCGACCGGUCAGGUAGGACGCAAUCCAGGAGUGAGCCGCGCCGGAGAUGCCCAGCUCGGAGAGGGUGGAGAGGAGGAUCUGAUGGUUCACAGUAUCAAAGGCAGCAGACAGGUCUAGAAGGACAAGAGGAGAGAGAGUUAGCUUUAGCAGUGCGGAGAGCCUCCGUGACACAGAGAAGAGCAGUCUCAGUUGAAUGACCAGUCCUGAAACCUGACUGGUUUGGAUCAAGAAGGUCAUUCUGAGAGAGAUAGCAAGAGAGUUGGCUAAAGACGGCACGCUCAAUAGUUUUGGAAAGAAAAGAAAGAAGGGAUACUGGUCUGUAGUUGUUGACAUCAGUGGGAUCGAGUGUUGGUUUUUUGAGAAGGGGUGCAACUCUCGCUCUCUUGAAGACUGAAGGGACAUGGCCAGCGGUCAAGGAUGAGUUGAUCAGCGAGGUGAGGUAGGGGAGAAGGUCACCGGAGAUGGUCUGGAGAAGAGAGGAGGGGAUGGGGUCAAGCGGGCAGGUUGUUGGGCGGCCUGCAGUCACAAGUCGCAAGAUUUUAUCUGGAGAGAGAGGGGAGAAAGAAGUCAAAGCAUAGGGUAGGGCAGUGUGAGCAGGACCAGCAGUGUCAUUAGACUUAACAAACGAGGAUCGGAUGUCGUCAACCUUCUUUUCAAAGUGGUUGACGAAGUCAUCCACAGAGAGGGAGGGAGGGAGGGGGAGGGGAGGGGGGGGGGAGGAUUCAGCAGGGAGGAGAAUGUGGCAAAGAGCUUCCUAGGGUUAGAGGCAGAUGCUUGGAAUUUAGUGGUAGAAAGUGGCCUUAGCAGCAGAAACAGAUGAAGAAAAUAUAGAGAGGAGGGAGUGAAAAGAUGCCAGGUCGGCAGGGAGUUUAGUUUUCUUCCAUUUCCACUCCGCUGCCCGGAGCUCUGUUCUGUGAGCUCGCAAUGAGUCAUCAAGCCACGGAGCUGGAGGGGAGGACCGAGCCGGCCGGGAGGAUAGGGGACACAGAGUCAAAGGAUGCAGAAAGGGAGGAGAGGAGGGUUGAGGAGGCAGAAUCAGGAGAUUGGAGGGAGAAGGAUUGAGCAGAGGGAAGAGAUGAUAGGAUGGAAGAGGAGAGAGUAGUGGGAGAGAGAGAGCGAAGGUUGCGGCGGCGCAUUACCAUCUGUGUAGGGGCAGAGUGAGUAGUGUUGGAGGAGAGCGAGAGAGAAAAGGAUACAAAGUAGUGGUCGGAGACAUGGAGGGGAGUUGCAGUGAGAUUAGUAGAAGAGCAGCAUCUAGUAAAGAUGAGGUCAAGCGUAUUGCCUGCCUUGUGAGUAGGGGGGGGGGCGGUGAGAGGGUGAGGUCAAAAGAGGAGAGGAGUGGAAAGAAGGAGGCAGAGAAAAAUGAGUCAAAUGUAGACGUAGGGAGGUUGAAAUCCCCCAAAACUGUGAGGGGUGAGCCAUCCUCAGGAAAGGAGCUUAUCAAGGCGUCAAGCUCAUUGAUGAACUCUCCAAGGGAUCCUGGAGGGCGAUAGAUGACAAGGAUAUUAAGCCUAAAUGGGCUAGUGACUGUGACAGCAUGGAAUUCAAAUGAGGAGAUAGACAGAUGGGUUAGGGGAAAAUUUGAGAAUGUCCACUUGGGAGAUAUGAGGAUUCCUGUGCCACCACCCCGCUGACCAGAUGCUCUCGGGGUAUGCGAGAACACAUGGUCAGACGAGGAGAGAGCAGUAGGAGUAGCAGUGUUUUCAGUGGUAAUCCAUGUUUCCGUCAGCGCCAAGAAGUCGAGGGAUUGGAGGGUAGCAUAGGCUGGGAUGAAGUCUGCCUUGUUGGCAGCAGAACGGCAGUUCCAGAGGCUGCCUGAGACCUGGAACUCCAGGUGAGUGGUGCGUGCAGGGACCACCAGGUUAGAGAGGCAGCAGCCACGCGGUGUGAGGCGUUUGUGUAGCCUGUGCGGAGAGGAGAGAACAGGGAUAGGCAGAGGCAUAGUUGACAGGCUGCAGCAAAUGGCUACAAUAAUGCAGAGGAGAUCGGAAUGAAAUUAACUAAACAUCUGGGAAAGGAGAGAGCGGGCCUCCCUCACCACAACUCCCAAAUAUAACUCUCCCAACUUCCACCUCAGAAACUAUAAUUGUUGUAAACUACAGCGGUUCAAUGUUUUCUAUGAAUAGACUAACUCAGCUAGCUAACUAGGCGCAGCACGAACGGCACGAACACACAGAGAGAGCCAAACUAACGUUAACUAGUCACCCAUGUCCCGAAUUCCCUGAACGACUCGGGCUAUCAAUAUGUAAAACACAAAUGUAGGUUAUGACUUACCCCUAGCAGCUACUGUUAGCUAGCCAAGUGCAAAGCUAGCCACUGAAUUGACUCAGCCAGUUCGCGUCUGUUCGCUAGGUCGUUCCAGCUAUUGUUUACUAGUAGCUAUCCAGGUAGCAACAAGCUAGCUAAAUUUCAAGCACAGUAGCCACUUGCUACCUAACGUUAACGGUUCAGACAUGAGGUUAGAAAACAGCUGAAUGGUAGGCAAUUAUUGUAUGUAAUCAUUGUAGGCAGCCAGCUGGCGUAACCACAGGCACUCCCAGGCGUGAAAUAACUAUACCGUUGCUAAUAGCUACUCGCCAGCUAGUCCAGGUGGAGGGUUAGCCAGCUAGCUUCGUGCUACGCCCGGCGCCGCCGAAUACAAUACUAACCUACAAUAAUUACAUACAACAACCCACGAUAACUACCAACAAUACCUAACUACAAUCUAAAUACAUAUGUAGGUUAUGACUUACCCCUAGCAGCUACUGUUAGCUAGCCAAGUGCAAAGCUAGUCACUGAAUUGACUCAGCCAGUUCGCGUCUGCUCGCUCGGUCGUUCCAGCUAUUGUUUACCAGUUAGCGUUAACGGUUCAGACAAUGAGGUUAGAAAACAGCUGAAUGGUAGAAAACAGCUGAAUGGUAGGCAAUUAUUGUACGUAACUAUUGUAGGCAGCCAGCUGGCGUAAUUACAGGCACUCUCAGGCGUGAAACAACUAUACCGUUGCUAAUAGUUGCCAGUAGCUAUCCGCCAGCUAGUCCAGGUGGUGGGUUAGCCAGCUAGCUUCUAGCUUCAGCCGAAUACAGCUAGCUUCGUGCUCAGCCGAAUACAAUACUAACCUACAAUAAUUACAUACAACAACCCACGAUAACUUCCUACAAUACCUAACUACAAUCUAAAUACAUAGUUUUAGCCUUACUCGACAAAGCCCAAACUAUGUAUAAAGCCAAGCUUACCCGACGACCUCACCCGACCUCACCCGUCCAUUGACGGUACUGCUACUACUGCAUCAUCAAAGGUAUUAUCUAAGUGAGUUUGAGAUGGUCAGAAUAUGAAUGUCAUCUGUUGCUAGCAAGUUAUCGACUUUCAUGAACCUUGUUUCUUAGGCUACAUAUUAUAAUGUGGGAUAUUUAUCUGAGCUGGGCUUGAGUCAUUAAGUCAUUGUCUCAACAUAGCUUUGAAAUACGUGGACCGAGUCUAGGAGCCAACAUGAUUUGGAUGGACUCCGUCAUUCCUGUAGAGCAUCUUCGGUUUCCAGAAGGUGUCAGUUAUCUGUUAAAGUGAUUCCAACAGAGCUACAGUGAUCUUUUAGCUAGAUGUGUAAUGCCAGUAGCCUGCUGAAUCUUUCACACCCACGGCCUAACGAUGACCCAUGCCACGCCCUAGGCCAUGCCACACCCUAACUACACGCCCUAGGCCAUGCCACACCCUAACUACACGGCCUAGGCCAUGCCACACCCUAACUACACGCCCUAGGCCAUGCCACACCCUAACUACACGCCCUAGGCUAUGCCACACCCUAACUACACGCCCUAGGCCAUGCCACACCCUAACUACACGCCCUAGGCCAUGCCCUAACACACGCCCUAGGCCAUGCACCCUAGGGCCAUGCCAACCCUAACUACAACACGCCCUAGGCCAUGCCACACCCCUAACUACACGCCCUAGCCCAUGCCACACCCUAACUACACGCCCUAGGCCAUGCCACACCCUAACUACACGCCCUAGGCCAUGCCACACCCUAACACACGCCUAGGCCAUGCCACACCCUAACUACACGCCCGUAGGCCAUGCCACACCUAAACCUACACGCCCUAGCAUGCACACCUAACUACACGCCCUAGGCCAUCCACACCCUAAACUACACGCCCUAGGCCAUGCCACACCCUAACUACACGCCCUAGGCCAUGCCACACCCUAACUACACGCCCUAGGCCAUGCCACACCCUAACUACACGCCCUAGGCCAUGCCACACCCUAACUACACGCCCUAGGCCAUGCCACACCCUAACUACACGCCCUAGGCCAUGCCACACCCUAACUACACGCCCUAGGCCAUGCCACACCCUAACUACACGCCCUAGCCAUGCCACACCCUAAAACCACGCCCUAGGCCAUGCCACACCCUGAACUACACGCCAUAGGCCAUGCCACACCCUAACUACACGCCCUAGGCCAUGCCACACCCUCCUAACUACACGCCCUAGGCCAUGCCACACCCUAAACUACACGCCCUAGGCCAUGCCACACCUAACUACACGCCCUAGGCCAUGCCACACCCUAACUACACGCCCUAGGCCAUGCCACACCCUAACUACACGCCCUAGGCCAUGCCACACCCUAACUACACGCCCUAGGCCAUGCCACACCCUAACUACACGCCCUAGGCCAUGCCACACCCUAACUACACGCCCAUAGGCCAUGCGCCACACCAUAACCCAAGCCUAGGCCAUGCCACACCCUAACUACACGCCCUAGGCCAUGCCACACCCUAACUACACGCCCUAGUGCCAUGCCACACCCUAACUACAUGAACAACUACACGCCCUAGGCCAUGCCACACCCUAACUACACGCCCUAGGCCAUGCCACACCCUAACUACACGCCCUAGGCCAUGCCACACCCUAACUACACGCCCUAGGCCAUGCCACAAGCCCUAAGACCCCUUGGACCGUUGAGUUAAAACAAACCCCAACGUGUUGCCCUACAGAGGUUUGGCUGUAACAUUGUAACAUGUUCUGUCUCCCACAGAGGUGCAUCUGUGCUGCAGGCUUCCGGCUCCAGUCCAAUGGUGUGUCCUGUGUGGAUGUUGAUGAGUGUAACACGGUCCUACCAGCUGUCUGCAGCCACACCUGCCUCAACACCCACAGCUCCUUCCUGUGUCGCUGUCACCAUGGAUAUCUGCUGGAACUAGAUGGUCGCAGCUGCAAGGCCCAAGGUACUCUCAACGUGUCUUGGCUUGAAAGAAAUUAAUACAAAAACUGUUUUAAAUUAGAUAUUAGCUUUUGUCUGAAGCUGGAAAAGAAAGGAAAUUCAAAAGCUAAUUUGACCUAUGCACUAAAUGCUUUUCGGUAUAAGCAGCUUGAGUACUGUAGCUUUAUUUAUCUACUUUUCAACAGAUGUACUCACAUUAGAUGGGUUGAUUAGGAUUGAAACCUUCUCUCAAACAGCCUAAUACAUACUCUUUAGAGUAGGUUAACCCCAUUUAAUGUACUUGGAAAUGUACAUGUGUUUUUACAUGUAAGACAUCAUCCCAUUCCACUCAUUUAAAUAUUAUGCAGAGGUUUUCCCAGACACAGAUUAAACCUAGUCCUGGACGAAAAAAUAAGAUCAAAGAACAUCUCCAGCCAACAGAUCAAUGAACAUCUCCAGCCAAAAUCAUUUAUAGUCCAGGACUAAGUGAGAUCUGUCUGUGAAACCGCUCCUUAACCCUAACCCUAUAUGUGACCCAGCCUAAUACAUGAGCCUACUCGGAUGGGAAAUGGACAAGGUAGUUGACAGCAUUUGAACAUAUUUUGAAGCUAUACAUGGUUUAUGUUCCUGUUAUUUUUUAAAUUUAUUUUACCUUUAUUUAACUAGGCAAGUUAAGUUAUAAACAAUGGAGUAAUGCAAUCUUCUAUUUUGUCUAAUGAUAGGGUAAGACAGUUACGCUAUGCUCUUGAGACAUAAGUUAUUUAAAGCAGAGGGGGCACCACAGAGCCUAAAAGUGGUGUGGCAAAAUUAGUGUGUUUUCUGGGGCUUGGAGUUGAUUGGGUAAAACUCUGGGUCCUAUUUGUAGGCUAUGACAGGGUCCAAUGCUAACUUUCUUUUCUCACUGACAUGACUGGGCCAGUUGGCAAAAAAUCGACUGACCCAAACAGAAUUUUCCGGACAUGGUGUAGCUUUUAAAAGUAUUGGGGUAAUGCAUGGCCUAUUGAUUGGCAUGCUUUCACUCUAUAUGUAGCUAUUAAUAGGCUACAUUUAUAAUACAUAAAAAAUAAUUAGUUGGGUGCUUAUUUGUCCUAUUUCACACAUGUACUGUAUGUGUGAAUAAAAAAUGUGCCAUUAUUAACGGCAACCCUGGACCAAUUAGGGUUAAGUGCCUUGAUCAAGGGCACGUCGACAAAUGUUUCACCUUGUCGGCUCGUGGAUUCAAACAAGUAACCUUUCGGUUACUGGCCCAAUGAUCACCACUAGGCAACCUGCUGCCACCUUUGGUUAUUAUGAAGCUGUUUAAUAGAAUUGAACAAUAAGUCAUUACUCUAAGAAUUGCACUGCAUUAAUUGCAUUCAUUUUUGUUUCUAAAGCAUGUCAUUUAGAGUUCUUUUUUUUACAUCAACUGUAUAUCUACCAGGCUACAGUAGACAAGACUACCAACAGUAGCCAGCAUAUUGCUAGUAUGUUCACUAUUGAAAGUUUACUUCUGUACACUGAACAAAAAUAUAAAUGCAACAAUUUCAAAGAUUUUACUGAGUUACAGUUCCUAUAAGGAUCUAAAUUCAUUAGGCCCUAAUCUAUGGAUUUCACAUGACUGGGAAUACAGAUAUGCAUCUGUUGGUCACAGACGCCUUACAAAAAGGUAGGGGCGUGGAUCAGAAAACCAGUCGGUAUCUAGUGUGAAUACCAUUUGCCUCAUGCAGUGCAACACAUCUUCGCAUGCUGUUGAUUGUGGCCUGUGGAAUGUUGUCCCAAUCCUCUUCAAUGGCUGAGCGAAGUUGCUUGAUAUUGGCGGGAACUGGAACAUGCUCUUGUAAAUGUUGAUCCAGAGCAUCCCAAAUAUGCUCAAUGGGUGACAUGUCUGAGUAUGCAGGCCUCUAAAACAAUGUUGAAGGUGGCUAUGGUAGAGAAAUUAACAUUCAAUUCUCUGGCAACAGUUUUGGUGGACAUUUCUGCAGUCAGCAUGCCAAUUGCACUUCUCUACACGUUUUCCGGCGGCUCUGAUUUUAAGGGUAAAUCUCUGUUUUGACUUCUAAAUUAUUUACACACCCAUUGAUUCUUGAAGAGUAUAACUUAUAAUAAAUUGCUCAUGAACUUAGUCCAAUUGUCAUAGCCCAUCAUAAGCCCAAAUAUUUACUUGUUCAACUCAAUUGUUUGUAAACAGUCUUUUGCAGCUUCAGGCAAAAGCUAAUAUUUAACAGUUUGUUUAUUUCCAGGGUUUAUUACUGUGCGUUAACUAUAAAACAUGGCUGUCGAUGGCAGCCUAAAGUGGUUGGUUUUCAAAAUGGUGCAGCUCCUUAACAGUUUAAGCUUUAGACACUAUACAACUGUAAAAAGGUCUUACAACUACAUAACUAGUUUAACUAUAUAAUGUAUAUAAAUCUAUCGCAGCGCCUAUCUCCUUAAUGCUGAGUUCCAAGCGGAGACUCAUCCUGUCCCACUUUUACAGUCUUGGGUUUGACUCGGCCAGGGAUUGAACUCAGAACCUUCCACUCUAACCACAAGGCCACGGAGUUGGUCAAUAAGGUUAGGUUGAUAUUUGCUAUUCUGUGUGGGCCUAUGUUUUGAACCCGCUUCGGUGCUUUAGGUGCCAAAGAUUUGGACAUAGUGCAGCUUUGUGUUGAAGGGAGAUACCGCGACAUGAGAAAUGUGCAGGAGGGCAUAGUCAGAGGGUGUGUUCAGUUGGGAUAGAGUGUGGGUGUGCCCAUGCAGCUGGUGAUCCGAAGUGCCCUGUGUGAGGGAGUCCGGUUGAGAUUGCCGGAGUUUGAGUGGGGCACAAAGUUUCCCAUGCUGAGGCAGUGAAGAGUCGACUUGGAGGCCCCCAGUAAGUAGGCCUGAAGAGAGAGAGCCAGAGGUAGUUUAUUUUUUUUAGUAAGGUUGGAUUUCUUGCGUUUAUAGUGAUGCACUGCACUGAUGGAGCGGAAAUCACAGAAAAUAGAUGUGGUAGUGUUAAGAUAAUUAUUUCCUCUCAAUGGUUGAACUCAACUAUUUCAGUGUCUCUGUGCGUCUCCCAAAAGGUUGUAAGGCUUUUGGAUCAAGAAACGGACAGAGCUCCCAGUUGUAAUAGUCAGAUCUUUAUUCAUUGAGAAUUCUGUUAUCACAAUUUCAGAGUCCAUCUUUUUAUACACACGUCAUACAAAAAUCCCACCCCGCUUUAGGCGGGCUGUAUUUUUUCCAUUGGUUUAGCUCAUGUUUUCCUCUGCUCUCCUGACCAUCAGGUCACACACAUGUUCUUAUCAUAGUCUACUCCUUGCUCGGGCAGGCUGCAUUCCUUAGUUAUCGCCGUCCUCACAAUAUCCUGCAACAUAUUUCAUACUCUCUUCCAAGCCUAACAGUUUCUCUCCUCCCUAUAUUGGGAGGCCUCUUUAUCUUGGUUUCUCAGUUGUCUGUAGCCAGCUCUCCUUGUCCUUUGUUGUCUGGUCUAACUCCUACUCACAUUGCUAAAUAGUAACACAAUGUAAUCUCAACUUGCCCUACGCUCACACAUUACUAGGUAGUAGUCUUAUGAUUCAAACCCAUGUCAUAAGGUGGAGUGUAAUAAUGAGUAAUGACCAAAUCCUGCUAUCAGGUAGUUAGAGUAGCAGAGAAAUGUUUUGAUGAGAUUUUAGUGCAGUAGAUCUACAGGAAGUUCUGAGAGAAGGGGUUCCAUCCUCCCAGGCCGACUUCCUGGUGUAGGAUCGUUUAGGGCCAAGUAGUGGGAUGGGGUGGUGAGUUUUGAGGGAUGGUGUAUAGGUGCAGGGUUGGAUGGUGGUGCAAUUUUACGUCUUUUCCCUUUUUUGGGUGACAAAUGUGCAAUCCGCCCUCCAAUCUGCGGAAGGCCGCAAUACGCAACAUAGCGUCUAGUCUGCCGGAAAGCCACAUGAAGAAGGCUUCAAAGUUAGCUGCUUAGCGAUUUCAACGCAUGCCUCGGAGCUCUGGUAUCAAACGUAACAUCACUACUAACUAUUUAUUAUGUUAAGGUAAGAAUUAUCCAAGAUAAAUAGUUAGGGUUAUUUGUUUGUCUCUGGGCAGUGACUGUUAAUGUUAGCUAGCUAACAGUGUGUGAUGUGUACAUCUCCCUCCAAUGCAACACCCCCAGGUGUGAGCUGGCUUUGAGAAGGUUCUGGAGGAGGUGACCCACUUCACCUUUCACUACAUUACUGAUUUGGUUUAAUUGUUUGUAGAUGGUGUUUAGUGUACGUUUAGAUUUUUGUUUGUGUGGAUGCAUUGACAGAUCAGCUUGUUGGGGGUGAACUGGGAGCACAGUGCUGUAGUGGUGGGACAGAGGAGACUGCAACAGAGGGCUUCAUUUUGAGCCCUAUACUACGAAUCAGAUUUGAGGUGUUAGCGAGGUAACUUUAGUAAACUCCGGGUUCAACUUUGCCGGGAAACCCGACGUUGAAAUGCAUUGAAUUCUACGUCGGGCAGAAAUUAGCGUUUGAAUCGGGAUAAAUUUUUGUGUACAUGCUUCGGUGUGAUAGAAAUCUGAACGCGCGACCAGCGCUUUGAAAAGUUGAUGUAAUUAUACUUUCCUAUAUAGUGUCUCACAUUCCUACCUGCAAAAGGACCAACUGCAGGACAACCGGAAAAAUACGUUAAAAUAUAAUUUAAUUCAACAUUCUGGCUUGUGGAGGUUGUGCGAGGGAACUUUCCUGAUUCAAAAGCCUGAUGUAGAAUUAAAUUCAAUGUCGGGUUAUCAGGCAAGGUUCAACUCAGGAUAACUGGUACCAUGAAAGUGGCUCACCUUUUAGCUAGGUACAUCUCUAUAGCAACGAAUCCUUCAAAACUAACCUGCUCCGGGGCAGGCAACUAAGGGCUAACUCCAUUUAUCCUGAAUGAAAUGUCUGAGCCACGAGUUGAGGACCACUGAAAUCAGAUUCCCUCCCUCUCGCAGAGAUUGAGUCAUCCCCUUCAUUAAGGAAGACGACUGAUUACAUACACUGCUCAUAAAAAUAAAGGGAACACUUAAACAACACAUCCUAGAUCUGAAUGAAUGAAAUAAUCUUAUUAAAUACUUUUUUCUUUACAUAGUUGAAAGUGCUGACAACAAAAUCACACAAAUUAUCAAUGGAAAUCAAAUUUAUCAACCCAUGGAGGUCUGGAUUUGGAGUCACCCUCAAAAUUAAAGUGGAAAACCACACUACAGGCUGAUCCAACUUUGAUGUAAUGUCCUUAAAACAAGUCAAAAUGAGGCUCAGUAGUGUGUGUGGCCUCCACGUGCCUGUAUGACCUCUCUACAACGCCUGGGCAUGCUCCUGAUGAUGUGGCGGAUGGUCUCCUGAGGGAUCUCCUCCCAGACCUGGACUAAAGCAUCCGCCAACUCCUGGACAGUCUGUGGUGCAACGUGACGUUGGUGGAUGGAGCGUGACAUGAUGUCCCAGAUGGGCUCAAUUGGAUUCAGGUCUGGGGAAUGGGCGGUCCAUAGCAUCAAUGCCUUCCUCUUGCAGGAACUGCUGACACACUCCAGCCACAUGAGGUCUAGCAUUGUCUUGCAUUAGGAGGAACCCAGGGCCAACCGCACCAGCAUAUGGUCUCACAAGGGGUCUGAGGAUCUCAUCUCGGUACCUAAUGGCAGUCAGGCUACCUCUGGCGAGCACAUGGAGGGCUGUGCGGCCCCCCAAAGAAAUGCCACCCCACACCAUGACUGACCCACCGCCAAACCGGUCAUGCUGGAGGAUGUUGCAGGCAGCAGAACGUUCUCCACGGCGUCUCCAGACUCUGUCACGUGCUCAGUGUGAACCUGCUUUCAUCUGUGAAGAGCACAGGGCGCCAGUUGCGAAUUUGCCAAUCUUGGUGUUCUCUGGCAAAUGCCAAACGUCCUGCAUGGUGUUGGGCUGUAAGCACAACCCCCACCUGUGGACGUCGGGCCCUCAUACCACCCUCAUGGAGUCUGUUUCUGACCAUUUGAGCAGACACAUGCACAUUUGUGGCCUGCUGGAGGUCAUUUUGCAGGGCUCUGGCAGUGCUCCUCCUUGCACAAAGGCGGAGGUAGCAGUCCUGCUGCUGGGUUGUUGCCCUCCUACGGCCUCCUCCACGUCUCCUGAUGUACUGGCCUGUCUCCUGGUAGCGCCUCCAUGCUCUGGACACUACGCUGACAGACACAGCAAACCUUCUUGCCACAGCUCGCAUUGAUGUGCCAUCCUGGAUGAGCUGCACUACCUGAGCCACUUGUGUGGGUUGUAGACUCUGUCUCAUGCUACCACUAGAGUGAAAGCACCGCCAGCAUUCAAAAGUGACCAAAACAUCAGCCAGGAAGCAUAGGAACUGAGAAGUGGUCUGUGGUCACCACCUGCAAAACCAGUCCUUUAUUGGGGGUGUCUAGCUAAUUGCCUAUAAUUUCCACCUGUUGUCUAUUCCAUUUGCACAACAGCAUGUGACAUUUAUUGUCAAUCAGUAUUGCUUCCUAAGUGGACAGUUUGAUUACACAAAAGUGUGAUUGACUUGGAGUUACAUUGUUGUUUAAGUGUUCCCUUUAUUUUUUUGAGCAGUGUAUUAUAUAAAAAUAUUUGUAGGUGUCAAAAACAUAAAUAAUCUUGUUAAAAUACAUAUCAUAUUACACAUUUAGUAAGGACAGCGUUUGCUUUCCAAACUUUUUUUUUGUGCAAUUGUAUUUAGAAAUUUGCAUAAAAGCAAACUGACAGCUGCAACCAACCACAGACAUAUAAUCCCUAGAUGGCAGUUCCCAUUCAAGUCCAGACGGGCAGACAUUGCUAGUGCACCCAUGAGUGAACACAUUGACUAUACUUCAAUGGAUGUUUGUUACGUGUACGCUUUAUUGGCUGUUCAAAAAAGUAAUUGUGACUAUGUUUUUCAGAUGAACAUGGUGAGUCUAACCUAGAGAUGGGGUUAGGGUUAGGGUUAGGGUUAAGGGUUAGGGUUAGGGUUAGGGGUUAAGGGUUAAGGGGUAGGGUUAGGGUUAGGGUUAGGCCAGGUUAUCCUGUAUUUCUCGGAAUGGGUUAGGGUUAGGGUUAGGGUUAGGCCAGGUUAUCCUGUAUUUCUCGGAAUGCAAUUAGUUUUAUCAGGUGUCUUAGCUGAGGCUGGGGAAAAGUGUGACACCAAUCAGGCCCACGACCAGAAGAAGAUUGAAUCAACAGACUUGACAGAAGAUCCAGCAUGAUCUGACACAGGGCUCUCCAACCUUAAUCUAGUGUACCUGAUUCUAAUAACUAGCUAGUUGAUAAGCUACAGGAGGGUAACUCUCCAUGAGAUCUGAACCUUCACCUAGUCCCCCCACCCUUUCCUCUUGUAACCUCUCUCUCUACUAUAGCAGUCUCUCCACCCUUUCCUCUUGUAACCUCUCUCCCUCUACCAUAGCAGUCUAGUCCCCCCACCCUUUCCUCUUGUAACCUCUCUCCCUCUACUAUAGCAGUCUCUCCACCCUUUCCUCUUGUAACCUCUCUCCCUCUACCAUAGUAGUCUAGUCCCUCCACCCUUUCCUCUUGUAACCUCUCUCCCUCUACCAUAGUAGUCUAGUCCCUCCACCCUUUCCUCUUGUAACCUCUCUCCCUCUACUAUAGCAGUCUAGUCCCUCCACCCUUUCCUCUUGUAACCUCUCUCCCUCUACUAUAGCAGUCUAGUCCCUCCACCCUUUCCUCUUGUAACCUCUCUCCCUCUACUAUAGCAGUCUAGUCCCUCCACCCUUUCCUCUUGUAACCUCUCUCCCUCUACUAUAGCAGUUUGUCCUCCACCCCCCUUUCCCCGUAAAUUCUCCCUCUAUAUAGCAGUUUAGUCCCCCCCCCCCUUUCCCCUUUAACCCCCUCUCCUCUACAUAGCGUCAGUCCCCCCACUUUUCCCCUUGUAACCCUCCCCCUUCCCUUUCCCCCCACCCCUUUUGGGAAUUCCCUUUAAAUUUAAGUCCCCCACCCUUUUCCUUUGAAACUCUCUCCUUUGAAACAGUCCCUCCCCCUUUUCUUGUAACCUUCUCCUCACAAGCAGUACCCCCCCUUCCUCUUGUAACUCUCUCCCCUUUUCAUAGCAGUUCCCCCCUUUCCCCUUUUAACCCCUUCCCCCUAUAGCAGUCUAGUCCCCCCACCUUUCCUUUGUAAUUCUCCCUCUACUAAAGCAGUUUCCCCCCCCCUUUCUCUUUUAACCUCUCCCCCUCAAAGGAGUCCCUACCUUCCCCCUUUUUGUACCCUCCCCUCUACUUAAACAGCCCCCACCCUUUUCUUUAAACCCCUCCCCUACUAUAGAGUUAGUCCCCCCCCUUUCCCCUUUAAACCCCUUUCCUCUACCAUAGAGUCAGUCCCUCCACCCCUUUCCUUUUUGUAACCUCUCUCCCUCUACUAUAGCAGUCAGGCCCCCCCCCCUUUCUCUUGUAACCUCUCCCCUCUAAAGAGCAGUCCCUCACCCUUUCCUUGUAACCUUUUCCCUCUACUAUAGCAGUCUUCCCCCUUUCCCUUUUUAACCUUCUCCCCUAAUAAGAGUCCCUAACCUUUUUUAAAAACUCUCCCCUCUAUUAAGAGUCCCCACCCUUUUUCUUUUAACCCUUUCCCUCUACUAUGCAGUUUCCCCCCUUUCCUUUUAAACCCCUUUUCCUUAAUACAGUCAGUCCCCCACCCUUUCCUCUUGAACCCCUUUUCCCCCUACUAUAGCAGUUAUCCCCACCCUUUUUUUUGUAAACCCCUCCCUUAAUGAGUUAGCCCCCACCCUUUCCUCUUGUAACCUUUCCCCCUUUUUAGCAGUAUCCCUCCCCCCUUUCCCCUUGAACCUCUUCCUAAAUAGAGUCAGCCCCCACCCUUUUUUUGUAACCUCUCCCCUCACUUAAACAUUAGCCCUCCCCCCUUUCUCUUGUAACCUCUUCCCCUUUCUAUAGCGUCCCCUCCCCCUUUCCUCUUGUAACCUAUCUCCCUUUUUUAUAGCGUUGUCCCCCCCCCACCCUUCCCUCUUGUAAAACCCCUCCCCUUUAUAGAGUCCCCCACCCUUUCCUCUUGUAACCCUCCCCUUACCAUAGCAGUUGCCCCCCCCCCUUUUUCUUGAACUUUCCCUUUAUAGCAGUCUUCCCCCCACCCUUUCCUCUUGUAACCUCUCUCCCUCACUAAGCAGCCCUCCACCCUUUUUCUUGUAACUUCUCCCCCUACUAUAGCAGUUACCCCCCCACCUUUCCUCUUGUAAACCCCCCCCUUAAAGAGUUGUCCCCCAACCCUUUCCCCUUGUAACCUCUCCCUCACAUAGCAGUUUCCCCCACCCUUUCCUUUUAACCUCUCUCCCUUACUUAAACGUCUAGUCCCUCCACCCUUCCUCUUGUAACCCCCUCCCUUAAUAGCAGUCCCCCCACCCCUUUUUUGUAACCUUCUCCCCACAUACACCUCCACCCUUUCCUCUGUAACUCUCCCUUACAUAAACAGUCCCUCCACCCUUCCAUUGUAAACCCCUUUUCCCCUCUAUAGCAGUCUAGUCCCCCACCCCUUUCUUUGUAAAAUCUCUCCCCCUUUCAUAACAGUCUCCCCCCACCCUUUCCCCUUGUAACCUCUCCCUUACUAUGCAGCUAGUCCCUCCCCCCUUUCCUCUUGUAACCCCUCCCCUUAUUAAACCCGGUCCCCCCACCUUUUCCUUUGUAACCCUUCCCCUAAAUAGCAGUCUAGCCUCCACCCUUUUUCCCCUUUAACCUCUCUCCCUCUAAUAGCAGUCUAGUCCCCCCCCCUUUUUUCUGAAACCUCUCCCUCACCAUGCAGUUUCCCCCACCCCUUUUCUUGUAACCCCUUUUCCCCCUACUAUAGCAGUUAGUCCUCCACCCUUUUCCCCUUUUUACCUCUCCCCACAAGCAGCUCCCCCUCCACCCUUUCCUCUUGUAACCCUCUUCCCUCUACAUAAAAAGGGUUGCCCCCCAAAACCCUUUCCCCUUGUAACCCCCUCCCCCUUUCUAUAGCGUUUAGUCCCUCCACCCUUUCCUUUGAACCCUUCCUUACUAUAGCAGUCCCCACCCUUUCCUCUUGUAACCUUCCUCCCUCAUAUGCAAAUCCCUCACCCCCUUUUCCCCUUUUUAACUUCUCCUUACAUAGCAGUCUAGCCCCCACCCUUUCCCUUUUUAACCCCUCUCCCCCCUUUCUAUAGCAGUCCCCCCACCCUUUCCCCUUUUUUAACCCCUUCCCCUAUAUAGCAAAUCCCUCACCCUUUCCCCUUGUAACCCCUUUCCCCCCUACUAUAGCAGUUCUCCCCCCUUUCCUUUGAACCUCUUCCCUCUACCAAAACGUCCCUCCCCCCUUUCCUCUUGUAACCCCUCUCCCUAACAAGCUACCCCCCACCCUUUCCUUUUAACCUCUCCCCUCUAUAUAGCAGUCUAGUCCCCCCACCCUUUUUCUUGAAACCCCUUCCCUUAAUAGCAGUUGUCCCUCCACCUUUCCUUUGAACCCCUCCCCUUUACAUUAAAAUUUUCCACCUUUCCCCUUGUAACCUCUUCCCCCUAAAGAAGUCCCUCCCCCCUUCUCUUGUAAACCCCUUCCCUUAUAUAGCAGUCCCCUCCACCCUUCCCCUUUUAAACCCCUUCCCUCUACCAUAGCGUCGUCCCUCCACCUUUCCCUUGUAACCUCUCUCCCCUCUACAAGCAGUUAGUCCCUCCACCCUUUCCUCUUUUAACCUUCUCCCCUCUAUAUAGCAGUUUCCCUCCACCCCCUUCCCCUUGUAAUCUCUCCCUCUAAAUAGCAGUUUGUCCCCCCCCCUUUCCUUUGAACUCUUCCCUUAAUAGCAGUCUUAAAACCUUUUCCAAAACCCUUUCCCCUUUUGGGGAACCCUUCUUUCCUCUUCCCAUAGCAGUCGUCCCCACACCCUUUCCCCUUUUUAAAUCUUUCCCCCCUUCAUGCGUUAGUCCCCCACCUUUCUCUUGUAACCCCUCUCCCUUAAAAGAGUCCCCACCCCUUUUCCCUUUAACCUCUCUCCCCUUUCCAUAGCAGUUAGUCCUCCACCUUUCCCCUUGUAACCUUCUCCCUCUAAAUAGCAGUUAGCCCCCCCACCCUUUCCUUUGUAAACCCUCUCCCUCUAAUAGAGUUAGUCCCCCCACCCUUCCCUCUUGUAACUCUCUCCCCCUAUGGCUUUUCCCCCACCCUUCCCCUUGAACCCUCUUCCCCCUUAUAGCAGUCCCCCACCCCUUUUCCUUUGUAAACCCCCUUCCCCUCACUAAGCAGUUUCCCCCCCCCUUUCCCCUUUGGGAACCUCUCUCCCUCUACUAUAGCGUCAGCCCCCACCCUUUCCUUUGUAACCCCUCUCCCCCUAAUAGCAGUCUAGUCCCUCACCCUUUCUCUUGUAACCUCUCUCCUUACUAUAGCAGUUCUUCCACCUUUUCUUUUUGUUUCCUCCUCCCUCUUAUCGCAGUCCCCCAACCCCUUUCCCCUGUAACCUCUCCCUUAAUAGCAGUCUUUCUCCACCCCUUUUUCUUUAACUUCUCCCUUACAAGCAGUUCCCCCCACCCUUUCCCCUUUUAACCCCUUUCCCCUACAUAGCAAAAUCCCUACCCUUUCCCCUUGUAACCUUCCCCUUACUAUAGCAUCUUCCCCCCACCCUUCCCCUUGUAACCCCUUCCUCUACUUAAACCAGUCCCUCCCCCUUUCCCCUUUUUAACCCCUUUUCCCCCUUUCUAAGCAGUUAGUCCCCCCCCCUUUUCCCCUUUUAACCUUCCCCUUACCAUAGCGUCAGCCCCCCACCCUUUUCCCUUGGAAAAAACCCCUCCCCCUUUUAAAAGCAGUCUUCUCCACCCUUUCCUUUUAACCUUCUCCCCCUAAUAGCAGUCUUCCCCCCCUUUUUUUAACCCCUCUCCCUCUCAUAGCGUUAGUCCCUCCACCCCUUUUUUUGUAACCUCUCCAUAUAUAGAGUCCCCACCCCUUUUUUGUAACCUCCCUUCUUCCCUCCCCUUUUCCUUUAAAUUUUUAAAAGUCUAUCCCCCCCCUUUCCUCUUGUAAACUCUCCCUCUCCAUAGCAAGUCCCCCCACCCUUUUCUUUGAACUCUCUCCCUCUAAUAGCAGUCCCCCCCCUUUCCCCUUGUAAAAUCUCUCCCCCUACCAUGCAUCUAGUCCCUCACCCUUUUCCUUUGUAACCCCUCUCCCUCAAUAGAGUCUAGCCCUCCACCUUUCCCUUGUAACUUUUCCUCACCAUAGCAGUCUAGCCCUCACCCUUUCCCCUUUUAACCCCUUUUCCCUCACUUUAUAGGGCCCCCCCCCCUUUUUCCCUUUAACCUCUCUCCCCUUUUUAUAGCAGUCUAGUCCUCCCCCUUUCCCCUUGUAACUUCUCCCUCUAAUAAGAGUCCCCCCCCCUUUUUCCCCUUUUAAAUUUUUCCCUCUAAAUUUGCCCCUCUUUUAAAACCCUUCCUUUGUAAACCCCUUCCCUCUACAUAGCCAGUCCCCCACCCUUUCCCUUUUUAACCCCCUCCCUCACAUAGCAGUCCCCCCACCCUUUCCUUGUAACCUUUUCCCCCACCAUGCAGUCAUCCCCCCCACCUUUCCUUUGUAAAACCCCUCUCCCCCUUACAUAGCAGUUUCCCCCCCCUUUCCCCUUUAACCUCUUUCCCCCUUUCUUAAGCAGUCCCCCACCCCUUUCCUCUGUAACCCCUUCCCCCCUAAAAUAGAGUCUAGCCCCCCACCCUUUCCCCUUUUAACCUCUCCCCUUACCCAUAGCAGUCUUCCCCCACCCUUUUUCUGAACCCCCUCCCCCUACAUGGCAGUCCCUCCACCCUUUCCUUUGAACCUCUCUCCCUUACAUAGCAGUCAUUCCCCCUUUCCUCUUGUAACCUUCUCCCCCUACUAUAGCGUCUAGCCUCCAAACCCCCUUCCCUGUAACCUUUCCCCCAAAUAUAGAGUUUCCCCCCACCCUUUUUUGAACCCCUUUUCCCCCUAUAUACAAACCCUCCAACCCCUUUUCCCCUUUUAACCUCUUCCCCCCCACUAUGCAGUCUUCCCCACCCUUUCCUUUUGUAACCUCUCCCUUACAUAGAGUCAGCCCUACCUUUUUUUUGUAACUUUCCUCUACAUAGAGUCUUUCCCCCCCCCUUUGUAACCUCUCCCCUUCCAUGCGUCUAGUCCCUCCCCCCUUUCUUUGAAACCCCUCUCCCCCCUACAUAGAGCUAGCCCUCACCCUUUCCUUUGAACCCCUUCCCCUUUACAUAGCAGUCAGUCCCCCCACCUUUUUCUUUUUAACCUUUCCCCCCUUUUAAAGAGUUAGUCCCCCCACCCUUUUCCCUUUUUAACCCUUUUCCCUCUAAUAAGCCCCCCCCCCCUUUCUCUUGUAAACCCUCUCCCCUAAAUUUUGAGUUAGUCCCCACCCUUCCUUUGAAACCUCUCCCUCAAAUAGCAGCUAGUCCCCUCCACCCUUUCCCUAUUGUAACCUCUCUCCCUCUCCCUAGCGUCUUCCCCCCACCCUUUCCUCUUUAAAACCCCUCUCCUCUAUAAACGUCCUCACCCUUUCUCGAACCUCUCUCCCUUACCAUAGCAGCCCUCCACCCUUUUCCCCUUUUUAACCUCUUCCCUCUACUAGCGUCUAGCCCUACCCCUUUCCCCUUGUAACCUCUCUCCUUACAAUAGAGUUUCCCCCACCCUUUCCUCUUGUAACCUUCCCUCUACUAUAGCAAGUCCCCCCACCCUUUCCUCUUUUUAACCUUCUCCCCCUAAUAGAGUUAUCCCCCUUUUCCCCUUGUAACCCCUCUCCCCCUAAUAGCGUUAGCCCUCCACCCUUUUUUUCUUUUAAAAUCCUCCUCUCUAUGGUUCCCACCCUUUUCCCCUUGAACCCCUUUCCCCCUACCUUGCAGUUGCCCCCCCACCCCUUCCCUUGAACCUCCCCCUCCAUAGCAUUAUCCUCCACCCUUUCCUUGAACCUCUCUCCCUCACUUUGGGUUUGUCCCCCACCCCCCUUUUUAACCUCUCUCCCUCACUAUAGCAUCCCUCCCCCUUUUCCCCUUUUUACCUUUUCCCUCCCAAGAGUCUAGCCCUCCCCCCUUUCCUCUUGAAACCCUUCCCUUAAUAGAGUCUUCCCCCACCCUUUUCCUCUGAACCCCCCUCCCUCUACAAGAUCUUCCCCCUUUCUUUGUAACCUUCCCUUACAUAGCAGUCUGUCCCUCCAACCUUUCCUCUUUUAAAAAUCUCCCCUUACUUAAACAUUAGUCCCCCCCCCUUUCCCCUUUUAACCUCUUCCCCCUACAUAGCAGUUGUCCCCCACCCUUCCCCUUGAACCUCUCUCCCUUACAAGGUUAGCCUCCCCCCUUUCCUUUGUAACCUUCUCCCCCUACAAGAGUCUAGUCCUCCCCCUUUCCUCUGAAAUCCUCCCUUACUAAGCAGUUAUUCACCCUUUCCUUUGUAACCUCUCCCUUACCCUAGCAGUCCUCCCCCCUUUCCUCUUUUAACCUCUCCUUACAAGCAGUCUAGUCCCCCCCCCUUUCUCUUUAACCCCUCUCCUUACAUGCAGUCUAGUCCCCCCACCCUUUCUCUUGUAAAACCCCUCUCCCCUUUCCUAGCAGUUUAGUCCUCCCCCCCUUUCCCCUUGGGGAAAUCUCCCUCUACAAGGUUAGCCCCCCCACCUUUUCCCCUUUAAUUCUCCCUUAACAUAGCGUUAGCCUCCCCCCCUUUCCCCUUUUUAACCUCCUCCCCUACUUUGAGUCUUCCCCCCACCCUUUUUUUUUAACUCUCCCUUUAUAGCAUUUCCCCCCCUUUCUCUUUUAACCUCCUCCCUCCUAGAAGUUAGUCCCCCCACCCCUUUUUUGUAACCUUCCCCCCUACAUAGCAGUCUAGUCCUCCACCCCUUUUUUGUAACCCCUCUCCCCCUACAAGCAGUUAGUCCCUCCCCCUUUUUCUUUUAACCUCUCCCCCUUACAUGAGUCGCCCCCCAUUUCCUCUUGUAACCCCUUUUCCCCCUAAUUAGCAGUUUUCCCCCCAAACCUUUUUCCCGUAACCUCUCUCCCCCACCAAAAAGGUCUAUCCCUCCACCUUUCUUGUAACCUCUUCCUUUAACAAGCAGUCUUCCCUCCACCCCUUUUUCUGAAUCUCUCCCUUUUAUAGAGUCAGUCCCUCCACCCCUUUCCCCUGUAAACCCCCUCCCUCUCCAUAGCAGUUUGUCCUCCACCCUUUUCCCUGUAACCUUUCCCCCUUUUUAUAGCAGUUAGUCCCCCCCCCCCUUUCCUUUAACCUCUCCCUUUCCAUAGAGUUAGCCCCCCCACCUUUCCCCUUGUAACCCCUUCCCCCUUUCAUAGCAUUAGUCCUCCCCUUUCCUCUUGAACCUCUCUCUCUACCUAGAGUCUUCCCCCCACCUUUUUCUUGUAAACCUUCUCCCCUUCAUAAGGGUUUGUCCCCCCACCCCCUUUUCCCCUUGUACCUCCUCCUUAAAUAGAGUUAGCCCUCCACCCUUUCCCCUUUUAACCUUCCCCCUAAUGCAGUUAGUUCCCCCCCCCUUUCCUCUUGUAAACUCUCUCCCUUACCAUAGAGUUAGUCCUCCACCCUUUUCCCCUUUUUUUUAAACCCCCUCCCCCUUUCUAAGAGCCCCCACCCCUUUUUUCUUAACCCCUCUCCCCCACUAUAGAGUCCCUCCACCCCUUCCCCUUUUUAAACCUCUCCCCAUAUAGAGUCCCCCAACCUUCCCCUUUUUAACCUCUCCCUUAUUAGCGUCAGUCCCCCCACCCUUUUCCCUGGUAACUCUCUCCCUCUAUAUAGCAGUCUAGUCCUCCACCUUUCCUUGUAACCUAUCUCCCUUACUAUAGGUCUAGCCCCCACCCUUUCCCUUUUAACCCCUCUCCCUUACUAUGCAGCUUUCUCCACCCUUUCUCUUUUUAACCCCUCCCCCUUUCAUGCAGUCUUCCCCACCUUUCCCCUUUUUAAACCCCUCUCCCUUACAUAGGCAGUCCCUCCACCCUUUCUCUUUUUUAACCUCUCCCCUUUUAAAAGCAGGCCCUCCACCCUUUUCCCUUUUAACCCCUCCCCUCUAAAUAGCAGUCUAGCCCUCCACCCUUCCUCUUGAACCCCUCCCCUCUACAUAGCAGUUAGUCCCCCACCCUUUUUUUUGUAAAACUCUCCCCUACUAUAGAGUUAGUCCCUCCACCCUUUCCCUUGUACCUCUCUCCCCUCUACUUGCAGUUCCCCCCCCUUCCCCUUUUAACCCUCUCCCCCUACUAUAGCAGUCCCCCCCCUUUUUCCCCUUGUAACCUCUUCCCCUUUCAUAGCAGUCUUCCCCCCCCCUUUCCUUUGAACCUCUCUCCCCCUUUUAGCAGUCCCCCCCACCCUUUCCUUUUACCCCCUCUCCCUCUACAUGCAGUUAGCCCUCCCCCUUUCCUUUUAACCUUCCCCCCUACUAUAGCAGUUGUUCCCCUUUCCUUUGGCUCCCCCCAUUUAA